UAUUGAACGUCAAGGAACGUCCUUGUUCGAUCAUUCAAGGGAUUAUUAUUGUUUUGGGUGUCUUCGCUGGAGCGUGGUAACUUCCCUCUACUCCGUUGCUGAUCUAUACCCACAGAUUCGUCGCAAGCCCGGGCUCCCCCUGGAGCUGAGAUCGACCUGAAGUUACCCUCAACGACUGGAUACAUACGGCUAUACACAAUGGAUCACAUAGGUUCAUAAGGUUUAGCUGCAAUAACAUGAGACGGACGUUCGGAAGGAUAUCCAAGGACAGCAAAGAAUUUAAAUUCGUAUUAUGUGGAAUUCAACAGAUUAUAAUCCCGAGGUGACUUGGAGAGAGCAGCGAGAUACGAAAAGAGAUAGCUAAGGAUGUUGAAGAACGACACUGAUUUACCUUCGGUUUUUAUACUUAACUGGAUGAAUCAAAUGAAAUAUUUGGAGUUACACAAACAGUAACUGCCUGGCCAGUGAGUGCCGAUCCAGCCAAUCAAACUACAGGACCUCAAACUGAAUUACAAACGGUUAAUUUCAAGGAAUGUAGACACCUCGCUAUUUUCGGCACCAGGAUCAUGUUGUGUUCGAGACCAAUGGUAGAUACAUUUUAAAACAACAAUGGCGUUACCGAAUACAUCUAUGUUGGAUUAUGUGACAUUAUCUACCACCAUGACAACAUCAAGUAACAUGUCUGUUGCUUUGGAAUAUGAUGAUGACAACUUGACGUCAUCGAUACCAAAUAUGGCCACCGAUGUUCCUUUUGAAACGUACCGGUACAUCCUCGCGGCCACUGUUGCAUUUCUUAUAUUUCUUGUUACUGUCAUUCCCAACACGAUCAUCAUCAUAUUGGUUGUCAUCGACCGCAAACUGCGCAAACUCAGUAACUAUUACAUCAUCAGCCUGGCAACCGCGGAUUGCAUUGUGGGAGCUCUGGUCAUGCCCUGCAUGGCCUCGUAUACGGUGUUGGGCUACUGGGCUCUGGGUGGUAUCAUAUGUGACCUGUGGAUUGUGUUUGACUUUAUGUGCUGCACCGCCUCGAUGCUGAGUCUAUGCAUGAUAUCGCUGGAUCGCUACUGGGCCAUUACACAACCUCUCAAACAUAUGGGUCGGAGAAGCCGCAAGAGGGCGCUGUUCUUUGUUGCGUGUAUAUGGACCAUAUCAGCUGUGUGCUGGGUACCAGCGAUUGCUGUAUUCCGCUUUGUCGACGGGAACUUUGCGCAAGAGAACGAAUGUUCGUAUUUAACUGAUCCCAUUUAUGUACUUAUGUCUUCUAUAUGUAUUUAUUACAUUCCCAUGUUCGCAAUGGUUUUCCUGUACAUGAAGGUGUACUUAGCAGUGAAGAGACAAUUUAGAAAUAUGGAGAGUCUUGAAGAUUGUAAGGAAACGAAGGGAGAUAAGUUUAAAGGUCAAGUUGUUGGCAUUGACUCUACCAAUGGAAAAUCACAUCGCACCUAUAAGCGCACGGACGAUCCCUUGGAGCUUAUCUCAACGCAUACGUAUCAGAACCAUGGAUUUAGCUCUGGUAGAACGUCAGAAACCCAGACGUCUCAUUGCGAUAGUACACUCGAGACAAAGGCAGUCGACUUGGAUAUCACUACUGGACAAAAUGGCGGACUCGAUAACUCAACUACGCGCCUGAGACCAUUGAACGACACAGUGACAACACUGUCUUUAUGCGUAGCUACAAUGAACCCGGAUUCGACUGCAGUAGAGUUGAAAAAGUUGAGACUGCGCAAGAUUCGCGCCAAGUACGCGGAAAUUAACAGAAGAACCGCCCGAACCCUUGGCAUCAUCGUGGUCUUAUUCCUCAUCUGCUGGCUCCCAUUCGUUGUCCUAUUUCCCAUCAAUGGAUUCUGUGAAUGCAUACCAGGGAAACUGUACGAGGCUUCCUACUGGAUGGCCUACUUGAACUCGACCCUUAACCCUUUCCUGUACGGCUUCAGUAUUGACUUCAGAAAGGCAUUUAGAAGACUGUUCUGCAGGAAGUGCAUCUCGAAUAUCCACGAAGUCUCCUCGUUUGACGAUGGUAUACUUGGUGAAAACAAGACCUGAAGUACAUUCUGGACGCUCCAGAGAUAUGGUGGAUAUUACAAGAGUGCACUGUUUGAUGUGGGUGUAUACAGUGACAUUUAUCCAAACCCUGCAGUGACA